AUGGCAAAAUCAAGAAAAUAUCCCAAGGGAAAUUACAAUGCUAUUGAAGGGGAGCGGUCGGCCCCCUCUCCUUCAGAUCUUAACUACAAUGUCACGCCACCCCCACCUCCAACUUCAGAACAGCCAUAUACCCAACCACCAAGACUGAAACUCUCGACCACACAUCAGUUCAACCCAGAAUCCGGUUCUUCUAACAAUAGAUCAUCUAAAUCACGGCAUGAUUCCAUUGUAGCCGGUGUUCGUCAAGCAAGACCCAAUUUAGAAAGUGGAGAUGACUACACCGAAGCAAGCAGAACCGCCAGUCCAUCUGGAAUAGCAAACCUGGCUUAUAUUGAUCAUAGAACUCAUAACGAUUUGGCACAUCUUCAUUCAUCCCCCGCAAGAUACAGAAGACGUACUACCCAGAAAUAUACCCCAAUUGCCAAGCAAGAGCAACCACAAGCCGACCUUGACACCGAUACUGAUACUAAUAACGGAGUUUAUCGCAGAUAUACCGAUAAUCCAGCCACAAGUUUACCAUUAACCAACAAGAAUCUCCAACAUUUGUUAAAGAACUCCAGAAUAUCCACUGCACCAAAUCCAGGAACUUCUGGUGCAACCAUUAGUAAAUCUCCAAUCAGUCCUUCUGCCAUUGCAAUUGAUAUGGAUCAAUAUGCUCAUGAGCAACGACAAUUGGCCAGGGCAAGAUCGUGGAAUAAUCCUUUCAGACCAACUAAUAUAGACGAAGAAUUUGAAACGGGUGAAGGUGCAUCAUUCCAUUCUGAACAUGACGAGGAUGGAUAUUCAGUUAAUUCCCUUGAAUUUGGUGAAUCUAACCCUUCAUCCGAUCAUUCAAGUGAUUCAACAUCUUUGGAUGAUGUUUGUUUCCCUGACUAUUAUCAUGACGGUACCGAUGCUGAUGCUAUUAAAACAUCUCAAUGGCCCGAUUUACGAAUUUUAGAAGAGUUUGUCCUAGAAGAAUUAGAAGAAGCUGAAGUUGAACAUUCAGUGCAACCCGAAGAAGAUAUGUUUCAGACUGUUAAUUUCGAAGGCAAUAAUAUAAUCCAUCAUGAUGAUACGGGUGCUACAUCUUCUCUGCCCAAGUAUACCGAAACAACCCCGCUCAUGGAUAACUAUCAAGUUAAUGAAGUUGAGACACUUGGUCUGAAGGAGAAUACAAUGAGAGUAAGACCCACAUCAAUACAACCGUGGGAAAUGAGCAAGGAGAAGAUUCCUACUAUUUUAAAUAAAUCCCUGACAAGGAAUUUCAAUGGUAAAUACAACCAAAGAACUGGGAAAUUGAAUGGAGAAUUAUGUCGAUUUACUUAUUUUAGAGAAGAUUUAAACAAGACCAUUCAUUCACCUUCAAUAAGUGGAUUAGUAUUGAGUAGCACAUUUGAUGAAGAGAAGCGAGUGAACUCUGACCAAAACAGUACUGAAGAAGAAGAUGGUGAGACAGAACAACAGAAAACCCUCUAUGAAAAACUUGAAGAUCUUUUCCAACCAACUCACUAUAGUGAACGAGUUUCAACUAGAACAUCAUCUCUUCAUGAAUCAUCAAAUCAUCUUAAUAUGUUGACUCCUUCUGGAAUUAGUUCUACUAAUUUGGCAAUGCAAGCAAAAGCUUCUAAAGGUACGGUUACCGGUGAAGCAGAGACUCCCCGCCCAGGCACAGCUUAUGGAUCCGUAAAUGAUAUUCCUUCGGCAACUUUAGAAAGCGAAGCAAGACCAGAACCAUUUUGGUUGGAUGUGUUAGAUCCAACUGAGGAAGAAAUGAAGGUACUUUCCAAAACAUUUGGGAUCCAUCCUUUGACUACCGAAGAUAUCUUUUUAGGAGAAGCUCGUGAAAAAGUUGAAUUGUUCAAGUCAUAUUAUUUCAUUUGUUUCACUUCUUUCGAUGUUGUGUAUGAAAGACGGAAACAGCGUGCCAAAGAGAACGAAAAGAAGAUGAGCAAAUUACAAGAAAUGCUUGAAAAUUCAAGUUGCAUUGAUGAUGACGGUGUAAGUAUUUCGGAUCGAAAGUCAAAACUCUGGAGAUAUUUCACGUCAAUGUUUGGUGGUAGCGUAAAAGAUAGAAGAAGAACUCCUUCAUUUGUUGAGAAACAACCCAGCACAUCCGUUAAAUCAAGAGGAAAGAAGAUCAGAGAAGGUGAGUUGCUGCCUCUAAACAUGUAUAUAAUUGUCUUCAAGGAUGCAGUUAUUACAUUCCAUUUUUCGGCUACUCCACAUCCGAUUAAUGUUAGAAGAAGAGCAAGAAUGUUGAAGGAAUAUUUAACUGUUAGCUCCGAUUGGAUUUGCUAUGCAUUAAUUGAUGAUAUUACAGAUUCCUUUGCACCUAUGAUUGAUACGAUUGAACAUGAAGUGAAUGCAAUUGAAGAUGCCAUUUUAAAGAUGCACUCCGGUGAUACUGAUUCCGAGGAUGAUUCAGAUUCCGAUAGUGAUUCUGAAUCGAGUCGUCACAGUCUACGUCGUCGUCGUCCUAAUCCUCAUCAAUUACAGAAAAGUUCCACAAAUUAUACCAAGAAGCUGACUGCAGAUAAUGUAUUUGUAUGGAGAAAGCGGUCAAAAUCAACCGUCGAUCAUCAACAUUUACCAGGAUCACGAUUCAAGGUCGGAUCUAUAUCGUCAAGCUCCAGCAAAAGUUCCAGCUCAAAGUCUACUGCAUCCAAGAUUUUAGGAUGGAAACGUAAAGGAGAUAUGUUGAGAAGAAUUGGUGAAUGUCGUAAACGGGUCAUGUCAGUAUUGCGAUUAUUAGGAACAAAAGCAGAUGUCAUUAAGGGGUUCAGUAAACGAUUUAAUGAAGUUGAAACAAAUCCAUAUCUGGGCAAACAAGAAAUUGGAAUGUAUCUUGGCGAUAUUCAAGAUCAUAUAGUUACUAUGGUUCAAGCAUUAAACCAUUAUGAAAAAUUAUUGGCUAGAUUCCAUUCAAACUAUUUGGCUCAAAUCAAUAUUGACAUGACGAAAGUUAACAAUGAUACCAAUGAUGUGUUGGGAAAAAUUACCAUUUUAGGUACUAUUGUAUUACCAAUCAAUGUUGUUACUGGGUUAUGGGGAAUGAAUUGUAUAGUACCAGGUCAAGAUUACGAUGGUCUAGGCUGGUUCUGGGGAAUUGUGUGUUGCAUGAUCUUGUUUAGUAUUUGCGCUUACAACUAUGCCAAAAGAGUAUUUGGUUUGUAG